AAUUUUUAGGGAUUUACUGAAAAAUUUUUUGAAAUCAGAACCAUGAUUUUUAAGCAAUAUAAAUACAUUCCACAUCGAACCUGGCCACGGGGCUGCUGCUGAAAUGGCUCAAGACGUAGCUGACGAUGUUUGUGACAGUUGGGAAGAUAUGAUUGAAAAUGGGAUUUUGGAGAAGAAACUUGAAGAGCUACAAAUGAAAUCACCUAAAGUCAAUAGCUCUUUUGAAAACCAAAGCAUAGAACCAACUUUUUAUCCACAAAUGCAACUAGAAGACAGUUCUCGUACUCCAUAUAUCCCUCAGGUUAAAAUAUUGAAACGUCCAAAUGAUGCAAAAACAAUUGGUGUCAUCAGUGACAAGUCACCGAGUCGUCAGCCCGUAAAGACACUUAAACAGAGAGAAGCUGAAUAUGCGGAAGCUCGAUUAAGGAUAUUAGGCUCUGCUCAUAGUGAAGAGGAAGAACAAAAUGUUAGUUUGAAUCCAGUUUCUCUUGCUUUAUCAGAAAGGAAAAUCAAUGGAGAAGUUAUUGUUAUGCGAAUGCCUCGUGGACCAGAUGGAACAAAAGGUUUUCUUCAACAGCGGUAGCAGUAGGCAAUGUACAAAUUUAGGUUUUUCAAUGGUUGAUUAUAAAUAGACAAUGUGUUGGGACAUGGAACUUUUACAAACUUAUCCCAACCUGCAUUAAAUUAUAUUAAAAUUUAAGUAGAUAAACAUCAUUAUUUAUGUUCUCUUGUGGAUAUGUUCUGUAAAUUUAUCAAGAUACGUGUUGCCUUUCUUGCUGGUAGUGAAAAACAUUUCAUAUUUAUAAAUAAGCUGUGUACAUUUUUAUUGGAGUUUUUAAUUUUUAUUCAAUUUCUGGUAAUUUCAGGAAAUAUUAUUUUUAUGGCCAUAAACACCAGUCAUUAUGCAAAUAUUUUACUAAGCAUAACACUAGACCGCCUACAAUACUUUUUAUAGUUAAAGUUGCCACUGCAUUUUAAGCAUCCAUUUGUAACUAUAAAUAUAUGUAUAUUUUCAUAUAAAUGGUUGUUGUCCUGAUUUGUACUAUUAAACUUCCACUGUAAUAAAAUGUGAUAAUUUUUUCUAGUGUGGUUCUUAUGUCGUACCAUACUAGUCCACAUGGCUAAUAUUUUACCAUGAUCUCUCCAACAUUUAUAUGCCAGACCUAUAAAAAUGUGUAAAUUUUAAAAUUACUUUGAAUUCAUAAAAAUAGACUUUUCUAUAUGUUUCUGUAUGAGAAUUCAAAAUGUUCCUUAAUGUUCAGUAUAUAUUUUUUACUGUUUUGAAAUCUAAUUUGAUGAUCAUAUAUUGAAUUACACUGAAUACUAAAAAUUGUACAUUAUUUUCUAUAAAAAUAUUAAAUUAUUCCUUGUAUUUCAUUUUUUCAAGUUGUAAAAAGCAAACCUAUUAUUUUUACUUUUAAUUAUAGCAUGGGAGAUAUCAAAGUAAUUUUAAUAAAAUUAUACAUGAGACCAAUUGUUUUCUAUAUGCUGUCUCAGUAGUGUACCAAGAAGUUUUAUGUGACAUAAAGAUGGGGAGUGCAGAAUAAUUUUAAGGAGAAAUAAAAAUUGACUUUGUACAGUAGAAUUUUCACCGAAAUAUGUACAAAAGUUGUUAAACUUGUGGUAUAAAUCUAUAAAUAUAAGUAUUAAAAUAUCUCAUAUUUAUUUCGUACAUAUGUAUAUAAAAGGCAUAUAAAUCUGACUAUGCAAAUCUGCCUUUUAGAAACCUGCAAAUAUAUUUUUCUUUGUACUCACCAUUUGAAUCUGGUUGUGCAAAAUUUGCUGAUUUUGAGAGUUUAAUGUAUUGAUUAUUUUUUUUAUUUAUUGAAAAGUAGUCACAUUUUUUUUUUUUCAUUCCAAAAUAUCUAAUUUGCCACUUGACAUCAAGGCAGACUUUAAAAUAAAUAAUAACAAAUUUAAUUAAAAAAAUUUCAUUAAAUUUCUUUUAUGUAUGUAGUGUUGAAGAUGUAAGAGAUGAUGUGAUAAUAGAGAAUUUCAUUGUCAAUGAUAAAUAACUUUUAAACAGAUGAGUAGUUUGCAGGCAUAAAUUUUAUCAUUUUCAGUUUUGUAAAAUAUGAGCAUAUCAGGACAGUCUCUACCAGUAUUCUUAAUAUAAAAGAUUCCAAAAUAGUUAAUAUUUAUUCAAUGCUUUCACAAAUUAUUUCCUAUCUUAUUUAGAUUAAUUAAGGUAUUAAAGAGAGAGACAAUCUCCUGAAAGUGGUCAAAAUAUUGAUUUUUUUUUUGUCUGAAAUUAAUAGUUGCAAUCUUUAUAAAUAUUGGAAAAAAGUUGUACCUUUAAUGCAACUAAAUGUAAUAGUUUAAAAGUAGUUAAGGCUUUUUUAGGGUAGAAGUUAAUUACCCCUUUAAAUGUCUACUUUUGCUAGUGACAUAACCUAACAGAAUGUCAAAAUGAUAAAACAUGACUGAGGCCUCUGAAAGUGUUCAUUUUUGUGAGAACAGAAAUAAACAUUGCCAUUAAAUAUUAUUCCUCUAAGUUCAUCUUCACAGAAAGCCACAAACAUCUGGAUUUCUCAGUGGUUGCCUUAGAAAGGGAUCCCUCUAUAUUAUUUCUUGCUGUCAAAAUAUGCAAAAGAAGUUCUUACUAAAUGCAAAUAAUUCGGAAGUGAUAUUUUAUACAAAUGAAAAUUGUAACACAGAUUUACUGAGUUUUCCUUGUUGCCAACUCAUGUUUUUAAAACCUAACAGGAUAUUUUUGACUACUUUGAUUUGCUUGUACUGCUUGGAAUUUACACAGGAUCAAUACUUUUAAUCAAAACUUAAAAUUUCAUUUGUUUUCAAUUUAUUUUUUGUUGGCAGCCAUAUAUAUCAAGGAACGAAAAAGAAAUUCAGCAAAAAUAUUUAUAUUUAAAAAUUAGCAGUGUAUUUAUAAGAACAAUUUUACAUUUUGUUUAAAAGGAGAAUACUGCUUUUUCAAAUUAUGUAGUAAUGUAUUAUUAAAAACCAGUUUUCACCAUAAAACUGCAAAUGUGAAAAAAAGCUAGAAGGAUAUUGUAUCCUCUUUAAUAAAACAGUCUUUGCAAGCAGUUAAUGCUACUAGAUAAGAUAAUAUCUCAAAUAAUAUUUUAUAACAUUUCCUUGAUAAAGGAAAAGUUAAUUAUAUCUGAAACUUAACAAGAUCCAGAAUUUGUAGUUAUGGCUGUAAAUUCUGGUGAUAUUUUGAAUCCAUGUGGAUACUAAUGAUGCAUAAGUAUGUCUAAGCAUUUCUAUUUCAUAAUAUACUUCUAAAUUACACAUAGUGCUGCAAUUUGUUUUUUCACAUGCCUAAACUUCAGCGGAGAUGUUAAUGAAAUCUGUAUUAUUUUUGUCAGACUCACUCAUGCUGAAUUAAUAUUGCACCAUAUUUAGUAUUUAUUUGAACAGAUUAAACUUAAAUCAACUUUGAAUAAUUCUUUGUAACUGUUUCAGGCAUGUGUGCCUUAAUACCUGGAAUUGUUCUUUACUGAACUGACAUUGAAUAUUAAGCUUAUGUGAAAUAAGGGGUUGGAUGUUAUUUCAUUUUAUAUAUAUAUAUUUAAAAAUAAAAAUGCUAUAUUUGAUCUAAUAUUUCAGCAUUGCAGCUUUUAGUUUUUCAUUGUAUAUUACUUUACAAAGCAUUCCUAGUAUAAAGGCCUUGUUAUUGAAAAUGGAUAUUGCUUUAAAAAUUGAUUCAACAUCUGUUUUUGUAUUCAGACUUGCUAGUAUUAAUAGGUAAUAUUUUAUAAUUAGCUGCAACAAUUUUAGGAAUUUUGUAUACAUCAUUACUGUAUGCAAUCACUAAGGGUUAGCUUGGAAGCCAAAUAGAAAUUUGUGUCAGUUCUCAUUGGUGGCAAAAGUUUCCAAUCAUUGUUUUUAGCUUCAUUUUGAUUGGUUGAGCUGGGCAUAUAUCAUUCCAAAAAAUAACAUUUUUUAUCUUUGAGCAAAAUUAUGCAUGUGGAAUAAUCUUAAUUCCUCAGGACUAUAUUUCUAGGAGACACUGCAUGUUGAGAGUUUUCUUUGUGAUAGGAGCCUAAUGUUAGCAUAUGCCAGCAAUCGCCUUUUUACUUUCUCUUUAUUAAAGUUUGGCUAGAAGUCCCUUUUCUCUUUGAGCAUGAUGGUUUUCUUGGUAUGCAGGUAUUCUGGCACAAAUGUCACUGACUAGUCACUAAUCAAAAGUCAGAUUUCUUCCAUAAUAGAAAAACAUUGUGGUAAAACUUUUAAAUAUAAGAAAUACAUUUCUGAAUUUAGUUGUUUGACUAAACAAAGAACUGAAAUAGAAGGAUAUACUUAGCAUUUUACAUGACAUUUACAAACUCUACUCUAGAAGAGAACAAACCUGUUUAAUUUAAAGGUGGCUAAUAAGUAACAAUGUGUGCUAAGAACAAUUUGUAUGGGAUUUGUUAAGAACUUUUCAAAUGGGCAUUUCCAUGCAAAUUGAAACAAAUAAUAGUGAUAAUUGAUCAAAUAGACUUAGUAUUAAUUUUGAUUCCAAUUAAUUUUCCUGCUAGAAAUAUCAAAUUAUCAUGUGUAUCUUUCUUUACAAAAUUGUUUGAUGCAUUAUGUAGUAGAUUCGCUGAUUAUUGUAAAAUGUUUUGGGGAAAUUUUCUUUCCUGAUUAAGCUGGCUAUAUAUUGUCCAUAUCUCCAUUCUCAAUAAGUGAUGAUCUAUAUGCCACCUUUUGACAUUUUAAAGUAAUGCUUUUAAAUUAUUUCAUUGAAAGGAAAUAUUUUUUUCACAUUUAAACAAAAUUUAUAAAUCUUUGCUAUAGGUAUCUUUAUAGAUUUAUUAAUAUAGAAUUUAAUGAUACUAUUCUGUGGUAGCAGUGGUUAGAUAUAUGACUACAAUGAGUUAAUUUACAUUGUUUAAGUAAGGAAAUAAGAUUCUACAUUACAAAACUACAGCAUAGUUUUAUAGCAUGGAAGACCAAAUUUCCUGACAGAUUUGAAACUGUAAGUUGUGUUUUUCGCAGGAAUUCCCAUAAAGAAAUCAGUCGUAAUGGUAAAUAGAUAUUGAACAUUGGGAAGUGAAGUAUUCUGAUAAAAUAUUAAAUUGAGAAAGUUUUUCAAAAGUAAUGUUAAUUUUCCCUUGCAUUUUUUUUGCCUUUGAUGUGGAAAUGCCGAAUUGUAUUUAUUCACAUGUGAAGUACAUUAACAUGUGACAAGGCUUUGAGCUGUAUAUUUUAAAUAUGUAUAAAAUAAUUUGGGGUAGAAACUGGUAGAACAACUGUUGUCUUUAUCUUAACACAUUGAGCGGAGCGCCCAAUUUGCUGUCCUUUCCGUUCAGCCGGCAGCGAGCUAAGCCGUAUUUUUGUUUAGAAUGUUUCAAUAAAUUUCAUUAAAACUAAAUUUGAUCACAUUUCAUUGAGACUGUAUUUAUUUUUUACCGAUGAAGACAUCUACAGAGAGUAUGGUUCCACAAAAAUAUUUAUGAAAUGUGGCUAUAAGCACAAAUAUUUAAUGUACAAAACAUACAAUAAAAAUUAAAUUAUGGUACAAAGAUGAAAUACCUAAGAUUGUUUCACAUUUAUGAAGUUGCUUUUAGAAAUAAAUAUUCUGAAAUAUUUCAUGUUAAAUGAAAUGUUCUUCUAAAAUAGGUAGGUAAGACUUGAAUAUGCUUGUACAUGAGCUGUAUGAGCAUAGUCAUGUUCCUGAUAGUUUAAGCUUACUUAAUUUACUUAAAAUCCUAAAUAUGCAGAAUAUCUUACUUAUUUGAAAUGCCACUUGUUACGCCUCAGUAAUAUUAUGAAUGAUAAAAUUAAAAGUAUGUUAUAAGCACUGCAUUAAUUCCCUAACAGAACUAUUUGCAGGUUGUCUUAUCUUAUAAUGUAAUAAAGUAUUUAUUUAUUGUACAGUAAGAAAAAGUAAUUUUAUCAGCUUUUUACUAAUUAUCUGAUGUAGGAAUUCGCUGCGACAUAUUGCAUCAUAUUUAUUAUUACAUAUGUUGUAAAAUACUUACUAUUAAAUUUUUCAUGUACCACACUUUUCUAAUAAAUUAUUGAAAUUUAAUUUUCUUUAUUCUUUUCCUAUAUGUGAUUUAGAUAUUAGAGUAGAUGACACUUCAGGACAGAUAUUAACUUUAAUUGAAACUAUGUUUCAAAGAUUUUAGGUCACUCUUUUUUUAGUUUUAUCAUGAUUGUCCAUUUGUUUUCAGAUUAUAUAUUAACUUCAUGUUAAAUUUUCUUCAUUCCUAUAUCAUUUUAAUAUUUUUGGAUCAUUUAAAAGAAAAUUCUUAGAAAUUAUUGUAUGGGGUGUUAUAUAUGUGAUUUCAUCAUUAAUAAUUUUCUAUUUAAUUAAUAGACACAAUUAUAUUGUGUCUCAUUUGUAUUUAUUCACAUAGAUGUUCAUGUUCAGUAAGCUGUGUUAUGUUUUGUUAAGUGUGCAGGAGAAGAUUGAAAAGUAAUGCACAAUAACCCCUUUCCAACAAUAGUUUAAUAAUUAAGGAGAAAUGUAUGCAUAAUCAACUUACGAAUCAUAGUUUUACAAUACAAGAACCAAAAGCUUUAAGGAAAUUUUUUUCAGGGUAGCGCUAGUUUCAGUAUAUUUUGUUCAUAAAUGUCUGUUUACCAGGCUUUUGUGGAUGUGGUAUACUGUAUACUUUUUGCAUAAAAACUGCUAGUUGAACAAUCAUUGGACCUUUUUCAGCAGAACUGAAGCAGCAAAAUUGUCCUUAUGAAUUUUUUGAGUUCACAUAUUUGUGAAUUUCUACAAGUCUUAUGUUUAACAAACAGAAAAGACUGUUUGCUGUUCAGUUGUAGAAGAAAGUAGUAGAAACGUGUUUGAGCUGUUGUUCUUGCUGCUUCCUUUUACUGUUCCAUGGUCUCUUGUUCCUUGGGUCCUUCAAAACUUACCUGUACCUGUAGUGUAGUAAUUGCAUUAUACAUUGUGUUAUAAUUGCAUCUUAACAGCCUGCUACUUGCUAACCUGAAAAAAGAAAAUUACUUUGUGUUGCUUUUCAAUCUUUUGUCGUAUUUGCUGUUUCAGCUGUGUGUAUUUUUGCAUGUAGUCGAGGUUGUGACAAUUUUUUGAACUAGUUUUAUAACGUAUUUUAAAAGUCUUGUUCUGCAUAUUUUAAUAUGAAUAAGAUGUAACCAUUUUGUAACUUUAAAACGAGUUUUAUUAACCAAAAUAUAAUUUUAGAUGUAAAAUAUUCAGUGUUAGUUUAUUUCAGAUAUUUAUUUAAUGCUAAAAUUAUUUCUCUAUGUAAAUCUGGAUGGGGUGAUCAUCGUAAGUAAAAAAUAUGUAACUCUUUAAUAAGCUGAAACAUUAUUUCUUGUCAUAUUCUACUUUACUAGAAUUUUUCUUGGAGUUCAUUGGUGCACAGUGUUGUAGAUAUUGCUUUUUAUGUUAACUAUAAUCUUAUAUUUUUCAGUUUAUUAGUAUAAGAAAUUCCUUUAUAUAUUAAAAUUAACAUCUUUUUUAAAGUGAUGCAGUUUACUUUUGUUUCUAAGUUCUUUUUGUAUGUAUUUCCCAUAAAAACGUUUUUCAGUGAGUUUAUGUAUAUUCCUUUAAAAUUUGAAAAUUCUAUUCCUGUGUGUGUGUGUGUGUAUAUAUAUAUAUACACACACACAUACAUGUAUAUAUAUACACACACAUGCCUUUUUAUCUUUUUGAUAACUUUUUGAGGUAUAUUUCAUACAAUAUGAUUGAUGAACUUUACUGUAUAAACUAAGUGUUCAUUUGUGAAACAAGUUUAUCUGUGUGGAGAAUUUUAUGCAAAAAAAGUGUACUUUUCAGGUUGUUAGUUCUGAUAUCUGUAGUAUAGUAUUUUCUUAUAAGAGCAAAGGUAACGUCUUCCUUCACUCUUAAUAUUUAAGCCAAAAUCUCGUAUAAUUGCAAAUAAUUUUUUCUGUGUUAUAUCAGAUAUAUAACUUAUGUUCUGUAACUUACUACUGUAGAACUCCAGUAGUCCGCCACCAUUUAAUCCAUAUAAAAGUCUCUAAUCUGGAUUUAUUUUUGGAUGUAAAUGAACAAAAUUUCAUUUUUCAGAAAAGUCGGCAUGGUAUAAUGUAAAUUUUUUCUUAUGGAAUAUAAGAAACAGUAAUAUAUUUCAUAAAAAUAUUCUUAUGAAAUAUAAUAAAUAUAUGCAUAUUUUUAUAUGCAUAUAUAUCAACCUUUUAAAAGAAAUGUCCUAUAUUUAAAACAUACUUGGAUUUGAAACAGUGGAUUUAUUUUAUAAUGCAGUAUUUUUUGCAUGUAUGUCAGCAUUUUCAUUUUGUGUAUUUGAAUGAUAUGAAUCUCUUGGAAAUUUUUUGUUUUAGAGAAAUCCCUUCUUUUUGGAUAUAUAUUCUGUUUCUUAAAGUUAAUUUUGCAUUAUAUGCUUUUGACUUUGGUAAUUGUAAAGUUUUUAUUUGCCUACAAUUUUUCAAACACCAAGUUCCACUUUGAAUAUGCCUCAUAGCUAGAUUUUUAUAUAUGAGGAGAAGCUUAUAUAUUGUUUGUAUAUAACAAGCUACUUUAUAUAUAGGUGUAAUGAACAAGCUUGUAUAUUGAUGCCAAAUAAGGUCAAGUUAUUAAAAAAGGAUUUGAGAAUUUUUUGGCAUUAAAAAUGGAAAACUUGAUUAAGAAAAUGAGGUAAAAAUAUUAAAUCUAAAAUUGCAAUUGCAGCAUGUUUAGAAAAUUGCAGUAGGGAAUCCAAUGUCAUCUGCACAGAAUAUAAUGAUGAAAUUAGUGUAGGAAUAAAAAAUGUGUUAGAACAUUUCUAAAAGUCAUUUUAGUAAACAGUAUAUGCAUUUUAUUUAUUUUGUUUAAGAGUAUAAAAAAUUGUCUUAACUAAUUUUGCAAGUGGGUGCAUCAAUCAAUAUUUUUACUAAUUUUUAUAAGAGUUUCCGCCCUUUAAAAUAUUUCCAUAUCAUUUAUCUCUUCCCCCUCCAUUGUUUUCUUACCUUGUAUUAUUUUCUUUCUAUAUGACUUUUUAAAAAUAUAUGUCAGUUUUAUAUUCUUUAAAUCUUAACUCGUUUUAAUGAAAUGAGUGUACAUUGGUAUUUACUCUUGCAGAUAAUUCAAAUUUUGUGUAAAAAUUAGAACAGAAAGCAUGUAAACAAAGCUGUGAAAAAUAUGACAAUAAUCCCCAAAUUUCUUUUUCUACAUAGCCCUUAGUCCCAAGGUUGGCGGUUUCUCAGAGUUCUGCUAUAUAAUGUGAUAUUAAUUUUUGAGGAAGUAAAACCAUUAUAAAGUUGACCCUUCUGCACUUUCUUGUGCAGGUUCAGAUCAGGUUAUGUUAAAAUGUUUUUAGAUUAAAUAUAAAAUGUUACAUUUAUGAACAUUUGUCUAAAAAAACUCACUCUGAUUACAUUUCAGAACAGUUUCCAUUAAAAUAUUUGCUAUAUGUUAAAUGAGCAAGUAUUUGAGAUUCUUUGGGCAGAUAUUUCUUUAUUUUGAACUUAAUUAUGUCUGCAUGUCUAGUUUUCCCAUAACUAUUUUCAUGAUCACUUGCUCGUGCCUGGAAUGCAAUUACUUAUAGAUGCUAGCUUACUGUAAAUAAAGUAAGUAAGUCAAUCAUUUUGUUACUGAGUGACAAAACGUUUUGUAAAUAACCAAAAAUUUGUGUGUUCCAUAUUUUUUCUACAUAAAAGUGCUAGGUAAAAAUUUGACAGGUGUAUGUUAAAGUUCUAUAGUCUGAGAGUUAGUUUUUAAAAGCCUUUUAAAACUUUGUAUAUUUCUCUUAAAAGAGAAGAGUUAAUUUUCAUUUGUAACUUGACAUAGUAAAAUGUCAGUGUGAUGUGCAUCAGAGUAAUUUUUGAAAAGUCUGUCUCUAUAUAAUUCUGCUUUCUGUCAAGUUUUAUUGCUAUUUGUAUAUGUGGUUUACUUGUGCAAUCAGUAUUAAAAAAAAUGAAACAAUCUUUAAAACUGAUUACUUUCUUUUUUGUAAUUUCCAUUAAAUGAAUUUUUUUUUCCUCUCUGCAUUUUGCUGUGUAAUAAAAAUUUUAGCUUUGUAGUAUAGAAACAAAUAACUACAUAAAUAUCUUUCUUGAUUUUUUGAUUUUAAUAUUGAUAAAACUUGUUCAAAAUUUUCAUCAUAUAGUCUGUCAAAUGUACAGUCUAGCUAAAUUGCAGCAUUAAAGUGUAGUAAUUUUUUAAUGAGUUCUAAUGUAUUCUUACAUAAGUUUUAUGACCUUGUAUAAUUGUAUUAAAAAGCAAUUAUAAGCCUUUAUAUUUCUGUGUCGAGUAAUGGCAGAGGCUGCAUUAUGAAUAAUUGUCAUAAAUUUCAAAAUUAAAUUUGUAUGACACAUUUAUAAAUAUAUAGAGAGAUUCAUUGAUUAUAAUAUAUCUUGAAUCACUGUUUUAAUAAAUCUCGUGUCAUGGAUUUCAUUAUGCUGACAUUUUACUAUUUUCUUUUUUUUUUAAUGUUCUAGUCUUUGUAAGUCACGGUUUAUUUUGAAUUGGUUAGGAGGGCAUUGUGUCUCCUUUAACCUUUGAAAGAUGAAUUUAUCUCUAAAUACCUCAAUUAUCUUUAAAAUUUGACAUUCGUUUAAUAAUUUUUAAUGCUUUGCUGGGUUUAAAAAAUCCAAAGACCUCUGUGUUGUACAUUCAUAAAUAUAUUACUAUAAGGUUACGACUGAAAUUUUUAACUUGUAUAAGCUUAUGCUUGUCAGUAUGUUUGUGAAAAUAAAGUUUUUAUCAAAUGA